UCUCACGUCAGUCGCGUCCUCGUGUCAGUGCUCAGUCUGUGUGUGGUACAACGCGCGACGGAGGAAGCGGCUUUAUGCUACCGUGUGCGUUAUUUCACGACUACGGGCAUUUCUUUUUUUUUCUUCAAUCUGAGCGGUGCUAUUACUCAACUUGAAUUCAACGGACUCAUUGGAAGCCACUUUUGACUACCGCUGGAUUUAAUAAGAACCUUUAUUCGGAGGUGUUUACGACCACAAAAUCCAAGGGGCUUCCAUAGUCCGGCUGGACGGAAGACGGCACUGUGGAGGGGCGAAAAGACGACGGUAAAGAAAAAGGCAGCGGAUAUUUUCACGUCUUUCCGCGGUGAUUUGGGCGAGUGGAGGAUAUACAACGACCUAUGGGUGGAUUUUAACAUUUAACCUGUGCAAGAGGGGAGGCGAGGGCAGUGAAGACAAAGGAGAAGUGAGAGCUUCGAUGCCGGGUGACUAAGCGCCUCGCAGCCGACAACGGUACUGCACUCAGAUAUACUUGAAGAAAAAGACAAGAAAACAAGUUCCCUCGCGCGCCGGACAGAUAUGUAUCCACAAGGCCGGCAUCCGGCACCUCACCAGCCAGGGCAGCCUGGCUUCAAAUUCACUGUGGCAGAGUCAUGUGACAGAAUUAAAGACGAAUUCCAGUUCCUGCAGGCUCAGUAUCACAGUCUUAAAGUGGAGUACGACAAGCUGGCCAACGAAAAGACCGAGAUGCAGCGCCACUAUGUCAUGUAUUACGAGAUGUCUUAUGGGCUCAACAUUGAGAUGCACAAACAGACUGAGAUUGCAAAACGCCUCAAUGCAAUUCUGGCUCAGAUAAUGCCAUUCUUGUCACAAGAGCAUCAACAGCAGGUUGCUCAAGCUGUUGAGCGAGCUAAACAGGUGACAAUGACUGAGCUGAAUGCUAUCAUCGGGGUACGUGGACUUCCCAAUCUGCCUCUCACUCAGCAGCAGCUACAGGCCCAGCACCUCUCCCAUGCCGCACACGGACCUCCUGUACAGCUGCCUCCUCACCCUUCAGGUCUACAACCUCCAGGUAUCCCCCCUGUGACGGGUGCUGGCGCUGGCCUGCUCGCACUUGGUGCUCUUGGCAGCCAAGCUCACUUGCCAGUAAAGGAUGAAAAGAACCAUCAUGACCUGGAGCACAGAGGCCCCUCAUCUUUUCAUUCACCUCUGGCUAUUCCUCUGAAAGAACGGGAAUCGAGCACGAAUAAUUCUGUGUCGCCGUCCGACAGUCUACGGGCAGCAAGUGAAAAGCACCGUGGCUCAUCAGAUUAUGGACUUGACCCAAAGAAACGCAAAGUGGAUGACAAGGACAGCAUGAACAGAUAUGAUAGUGAUGGAGACAAGAGCGAUGACUUGGUGGUGGAUGUUUCUAACGAGGAUCCGGCAACCCCUCGAGUGAGCCCUGCUCACUCGCCUCCAGAAAAUGGCCUAGAUAAAUCACGGGUUCUAAAGAAAGAUGCUGCACCCAACAGCCCAGCAUCUGUGGCGUCCUCAGGAAGCACGCCAUCCUCAAAAGCAAAGGACCACACCCAUUUGGCAAAUGAUAAGUCUUCUACACCAAGCCUGAAGUCCAACACACCCACACCAAGAAAUGAGGCACCCACACCAGGAACAAGCACCACUCCUGGGCUGAGGCCUCUGACUAUGGGCAAACCUCCUGGCAUGGAGGCAUUAGCUGCUCCUGCCCUUCGCACUCCACUGUCUAUCGCGGGUUCCUAUGCUACCCCCUUUGCCAUGAUGGGUCAUCAUGAGAUGAAUGGAUCCCUGACCAGCCCGGGCGUCUAUCCUGGUCUGAUUUCACCUCAGAUGAGUGCUGCGGCUGCUGCCGCUGCUGCUUAUGGACGCUCACCAAUUGCAGGAUUUGACCCUCAUCCCCACAUGAGAGCUCCAGGCCUGCCAACCAGCCUACCUUCCAUUUCGGGAGGAAAGCCGGCUUAUUCUUUUCAUGUGAGUGCAGACGGUCAGAUGCAGCCUGUGCCCUUCCCUCCAGAUGCACUGAUAGGCCCGGGCAUCCCACGGCACGCUCGUCAGAUCAACACACUGAGCCACGGGGAAGUUGUUUGCGCCGUCACCAUUAGCAACCCCACUCGUCACGUCUACACGGGCGGCAAGGGCUGUGUGAAGAUCUGGGACAUCAGCCAACCAGGCAGCAAGAGCCCCGUGUCCCAACUUGACUGCCUGAAUAGGGACAAUUACAUCCGCUCCUGCAAGCUGUUGCCUGACGGUCGCACUCUGAUCGUGGGUGGUGAGGCCAGUACGCUGACCAUCUGGGACCUGGCAUCUCAGACCCCACGUAUUAAGGCGGAGCUUACCUCCUCUGCCCCGGCCUGCUACGCACUGGCUAUAAGUCCUGAUGCGAAGGUCUGCUUUUCCUGCUGCUCAGAUGGUAACAUCGCUGUGUGGGACCUCCACAAUCAGACCCUCGUCAGGCAGUUCCAGGGCCACACAGAUGGAGCCAGCUGUAUCGACAUCUCGCAUGAUGGCACCAAGCUCUGGACUGGCGGACUGGAUAACACGGUCCGCUCCUGGGACUUGAGAGAAGGGCGGCAGCUACAGCAACAUGACUUUACCUCACAAAUUUUCUCUCUAGGCUACUGUCCAACUGGAGAAUGGUUGGCUGUGGGCAUGGAGAGUAGCAACGUGGAGGUUUUGCACCACACUAAGCCUGAUAAGUACCAGCUACAUCUUCAUGAAAGCUGCGUCCUCUCACUGAAGUUCGCCUACUGUGGUAAAUGGUUCGUAAGUACAGGGAAGGACAAUCUGCUGAACGCAUGGAGGACUCCCUAUGGUGCCAGCAUAUUCCAGUCCAAAGAGUCGUCGUCGGUCCUUAGCUGCGACAUCUCAGCAGAUGACAAAUACAUCGUGACUGGUUCCGGUGACAAGAAGGCCACAGUCUAUGAGGUCAUCUACUAGAGACACUCGUUCUCUGCUUUAGCACUUCUACUGAGACUACUCUUCUUGCUGACCCCGCUAUCUGCAAAAUGGAACAUAACACGCAAGACUUAUCCAGCCCUGGACUACAUUCACUUCAGGGAAACUGAAUUUUGCUGCGUGCAGUCUUUUUGCGGGGAGUUGACAUUUUUGUCUUUUUUCUUUUGUAUUUUUUCCAAAUAUUUGAGCAUAACACAAUGAAGCAGUGCUUCAACCCUGAGAACAAUGGUCCAUAGAUGUCUUGUGAAAAGUGUACAUAUUGGAUUAAAUAAAAAUACAUUUUAUAUAAAUAUAUAUUAUACAAAUAUAUAUAUUUUCAUGUCCUGGAUGUACUUGUGAUGUUUUGGCUCUCACUGUCUUAAAAAAAUGAGCGCAAAUCAUAGAUUAGAACAAUUGAACUGUAACCUGAUCACCUUUUAUCGUUUCCUUGAAGCACAUUCUGUGGGCCGACCUUUUCAAGAAUUCGCUGAGAAAAUGGCCUUUAAUAUCGGUGCUUUUGCUAGAUAAUGAUAAUUGGGUGUGACUCAUUUGUGCCACAGUAGAAUCCAGUGAUCGAAAAGAAGAGAUUGUGUCUAUUAAAAUUCUUUUUUAGUUUUUUGGGAGGGGGUGGUGGUUAAUGUUUGACCUAACCCGUGGACCUCCUUGGCAGCAGAAGCACUGUAGGACCCGUGAACUUAAUGACAACGUGCUUUUAGCUAACAUUUCGUGAUAAGGAAUGCAGAGUAGCAACACUGAUUUCUCAUUGAUAGUUUCAUGCCAAAAAGUCCCUUUUUAAGCCAUUGGAAUCAAUUGGACACAUUUUAUCUCACCGAACUUCUUCAAAUGUGUUUGGUCGCUCCAGCCAACCGGACAUUUGAUGUGAUGGACUCCACUGUUCAGUCCUUCAAAUGAUCAGUGCCUGUGCCUCAUGAAGCUUGUUGGAGACAAAGGAAACACAAAAGACUAAAUCGAGUGUUGCCCAAGUUGACAUGAACACUUAAAGUGAAUAUGUCUGGUUUUAACACUGUGCGCCUCCUGACAAUGUCAGCUUUUUCCACAGAAGAUAAAAGAGGAGGAGGUGUGGGUCGGGGAGUAUUGUACUUCCCACUGUAUCACGCCAAAGUAUGUAGCAAAUGCUGUCAGCACUGGGAAGAAAUGUACAGUUGUUAAUAAAUCAAUAAAACUUUUUGUACAAACUGUCUUGUCUGAAAAUAUACUUUUGUGCGAUUAAACAAUGGAGGACUACAGCCACACUGAGGGAAAAGUGUGAUGAGUGUGAAAUGAAUGUAACAGUUUAGUAUUACAAUUUGUGAAUGGUGAGAAUGGAGUCAAAAAUAUGUGGUGCCAAAUCCGCCAUACGCAAAGGAUCGAAACAAUAUAAUUCAGCAAUUGGCUUUAAAUUAAUUAAAAACGGGAGACAUCAAUAUUUCUAUAGAGCUACUUUUUAAAACAAUUUGUGUGCAGAUUUGACAUGCAAGGGCUACUUCACCGGUG